AUGAAGAAGUUUCUGAAAGAUGUUGGUUUAGAUUCUCUGGGAUCAUUCUUUGACGAAAAUCAGUCGCCUGAAAGAAAUGGAAUACCGCGAACAGAGGGUAAAGCAACCUUUGGAGUAAGUCGUUUUCAUUUACGAAAUGGUGCUAGCCUCAACAGUCAAAGCAGAUCUGCUUCCGAGGAAGACAAGGCCGAUGGGGAAUCCAGCGUGUGGAAGAACGUCAAAUCUAUUGCCAGUAUGCUUAUGGAGGACCCCGAAGUGGUGGAGCAGGGUGCCGCGGGGCCUUAUGUCGAGGGAGUGGAUUACAAACUAGGCAGCCUACAACUAGGACUCAUCUACGAUUUCCAAACCAUGACUUUGACACUACGGAUUAUCAAGGCCAAGGACUUACCUGCUAAAGACGUGACCGGAACUAGUGACCCUUAUGUGAAAAUUAUGCUGCUGCCCGACAAGAAGCAUAAACUUUUAACUAAAGUCAAGAAAAAGAAUCUCAACCCUCACUGGAAUGAAUGUUUUCUCUUUGAAGGUUGGCCACACAAUAAACUAUUAGAAAAGACCCUAUACCUACAAGUCAUUGACUACGACAGAUUCAGCCGCGAUGACCCUAUUGGAGAGACCUAUAUUCCCUUGAACGAGGUGGACCUGUCACAGUCGCCAGUCACCUGGAAGUACUUACAGCCAUGCAAAGAUUCCAGAGGUAAACUUGGUGAACUGUUGCUGUCCCUAUGUUAUCAGCCGAACAUUGGAAGACUCACCGUGACAGUCAUGAAAGCCAAAGACUUGAAGGCAAAAGAUCUUACAGGAUAUUCCGAUCCCUACGUCAAAAUAUGGCUGUCUUAUGGAGGAGCCCGGGUUGAGAAAAAGAAAACAAAUAUCAAGAUGAGAACGCUUAAUCCAAUCUACAACGAGUCAUUCAUUUUCGACAUUCCUUGGGAGAAAAUACGAGAGGCUACGUUAGAUAUCAGCGUCAUGGAUUUCGACAAGGUCGGACGCAAUGAGUUGAUUGGUCGAGUGGUGCUCGGCUGCCGGAGUGGUCCAAUGGAGACACGUCACUGGAACGACAUGGUGUCCAAACCGAGACAGCAAGUGGCUCAGUGGCAUUUGUUGAAAGAUUAA